UAAAAGGUCUUUGGGAUAUCCCCGCACAUAACCUUACUUUUGCAGGUUUUUGCAAUCCUAAAAAAUGUUGUCAACUACCCCUCGACUAGCCCUCAGCCGCCAGCUAAAAAAUUUUCGUCGUUUCGCCACCGCCACUACCACCCCCGCCGAACAGCCCGUAAAAGACAAGUCCGACACGCGCAAGAAUGUCCUCGAAUACCGACAGAUCUACCCCGAAUUUCUGCCCGACCCCAAAAUCGAAUUCAGAAACCCCAUUAGAGAAAAACUCGAGCGUAGCGACAUGAUCGCCAGACGAGCGAACGUGGAUAUUCCUGAAUUUUACGUAGGUUCUGUGCUAGCGGUCACAUCUGCGGACCGUCACAGCCCCGGGAAGCUUCACAGAUUUGUGGGGAUUUGUAUAAAACGUGAAGGGUGUGGUUUAAGGGCGAAUUUUUUGUUAAGGAAUGUGAUAGACCACCAGGGUGUUGAAAUUCUGUACGACAUGUAUGAUCCUACCAUUAAAGGUAUAGAAGUUUUGAGGUUGGAGAAGAGGCUAGACAACGAGUUGCUAUAUUUGAGGGAUGCGUUGCCUGAGUAUAGUACUUUUGACUCAAACAUGGAAAUCGAAAUUUUGCCGGAAGGGGCCCCCGUGCCCGUGAACGAAAUUAAAGUGAAGUUGAAGCCGCGCCCGUGGUUGGACCGCUGGGAACGUAAAAACUUGAAAGGGGUGCAGGACUUGGAGCUGCCACAACGGUUUUAUGACAGGGCGAAAGAAUUGGAGACCCCUUGGGAAAAAUACGAUUUGAUGAAGCAAUACAUGCGGACUGUCCCUGAGGAAGAACAAGUCGAAAUUUUUUCAGAGGUGCAGACGCAUUUGCACAGGUCUGGAGCUGCGCAAAAACUGAAGAGAAAAAGGACAUUCGUUAAACCGACUAAGUUAGCGUAAUUAAGUUUUUAUUACUACAAUACAAGUCUACAAUUUGCAAGAAGCCAUUCAGUAGCAACAAUUUUUUGGUUCAAUAGAUAUAUAUACAUUAAUCAAAUUAA